CUUCUGUUACCGCGUGCACAUAUCAGAUGUGUUGCUAGCAAAAAAAAACAACAACUUUAACACUAAAUCUGCGGUUCUGCGAUGGAGUUUAUAAACCAGAUCUUACUGCAGUACCCGCAGCUGCUGUAUGCUGGAGCCGGGGCGACAGCGGUUGUUACGGGAGGCGCUCUGAUUUACAAAGUAGCGAACAGGAAGAAACCAACGCAUGUUAAUGUGAAUUGCUGGUUCUGUAAUCAAGACACGGAGGUUCCGUAUGGGAACAGAAACUGCUGGGACUGUCCGUACUGUGAGCAGUACAAUGGCUUCCAGGAGAAUGGUGACUAUAACAAACCAAUACCGGCGCAAUAUAUGGAGCACCUCAACCAUGGAGUAUCAGCUGGCGUUCCUGUGUCUGAGGCACCUAAGACGCUGCAGUGGGUCAACUGCCAAAUGCUGCUGUGCAAGAAGUGCAACAGCAACCAAACGCUGAAGAUUAAACAGCUGGCUUCGUUCACUCCCAGGGAGGAGGACAAUUAUGAUGAAGAAAUUGAGGUGUACAAGCAUCACCUUGAGCAGACCUACAAAUUGUGCAGGCCUUGUCAGACGGCAGUGGAGUAUUACAUCAAGCACCAGAACCGCCAGCUGAGGGCUGUGCUGUUCAAUCACCAACUCAGACGCAGCCGUGAUGCCGACAAAGCCUUCGUGAAAAGCACCUACGCUGUCUCCACACCUGCCUGGCUGAUAACCCUACGAACCCUGGCCUUCCUCGCCUGUGCUUUUCUAGUCGCAGUGGCCAUUUAUGGAUCUGAAGAUUUGUCCUCUGUCUCCAACAGCUCUCAAACCCUGAGCGGAGGUGUUGCCCCACCCAAACGUGCACUUCAAAAUGAAACUGAAGCCAAGGCCAACAACAGUACCAAAACCGUGCAAAUGUGGAAUGAUCUGAUGGGCCUUCUUCCAGAACAGGCUGUAGAAAAUGUGAAGCUGAUCUGGCAGUCUGGAAGCAACCACCAGAUGGCUGUUGCUUCUGUUGGCCUUUUGACUUGCAUAACUGGUGUCUUAAUGGCAGGGCCUGUCAGGUUGAGGAGAAUUGACGCCGUCGCCUCUUUCCUUUGGCUUCUGGUGUUAUGCCUGUACGUGGCCGAGUGCUACCUCAAGACGGACACCCCUGUCUGGCUGGACACCAUUAAGUUCGGCACCACCUCCUUGUGCUGCUUGGUUGGGUUUGCAGCUGCUGUGGCGACACGCAAGCCCACAAGUCCAAGAAGAACCAGAGGCCGCAGGUCAGAAUCCGAUCAGUGACACUUUACUGAGCCAUUUUUAAGGACUAGCUAGGUCACAGAUUAGAGGUUUAUCCUCAUUCAUGGAUUUCUGUUUCAUUUGCUGUCUUCCUCUUCUCUCUCUUUCACUGACAUAAACCUGUUGUACAUUUGUUAGUCAUUAUCUACAUCCUUCAUGUAGCUGUCAUCAUUUUGGGUCUUGUAGCUUUAAGAACUGCAUAUUAGAGAAACAGUGGAUCCAGGAUUCUCCCACAUGCAUAAUAUGGUGAUUCUUUGAAGGGUGCUGAAUGGGAGUAAGUGUGGGGAAGACAUAAAUGUAUAAUUUUACUGAAUGGAAGACGGAUGACCACAAUCUUGAACACAACUUGGAUCGCAUAAUUACAUGACAUGGUCAUGUCUUUAUAGCUACAGUGUGUAUAAUUUUGGAAUUUAUAGAUUGUCAAUGGAGCACAAAAAAUGUCCAAGGACUACCACAGGUAUUGUUCUGAUUAUACAGUGCACUACUGUUACUGCUAUUACUAUAAACACUAUUUUAUUUAUAUAUUUACCUUUAUAAAGUAACAUCAAAGUACUUUACAGUAAAAAUAUGAAUAGAUUAAAUUGUGCUAAAUAGUAAAACUUUAGUUGGCAUUCUUAACAUUUGGGAGAGAAUUCUAUUAACAAGGAACAAGAGAACGAAAACCCUGAUCCCCAUAGUCUGCAGAUGUGCCUUUGGCACAUAAAGGUAAUUUGAGAUGCCCAAACGAAGUGAGUAAACUUCACUUAAUCAGAGCGUAUAAUUAAUUAUGUGGGCAUUCAUAUUUCAGCAGAGAAACAAAUGUAAUUUUUACAAACAUUCUAUUCUAGUCUCAAAAUAUUUGUUGAUUUUUAACUGGGAAAAUCAAGUUGGAUUUGUUUGGCAAGGGACAGCGGGCACAAACUAACAGAUAUUUAAUGUAGAUAUUAAACAGCUUUACGUUCAUUAUGCUAUUAGUCAUGUUCUUGUAUUCUCGUAGCAACACCCUGUCUGCAAAUUUUAACAGCAGUCAGGCAGAUAUGUCUUCACCAUUAAAAGAGAUUUUAUACUAUAAAAAUUACCUUAUUCAAUUUUUUUUUCAUUUACUGGGUUGUGUGUGUAAGUCUCAGAAUUUACACCUUUAUUUUAAUCAGUCUCUUGCAGGCUUAAUGGUUGUUUUUCUGGGAUGUGUCCAUAACUCACUGUGAGAGCUAGCCAAUCUAGUUUGAACACAGUGUAAGUCCAUCCACAGUAAGCAAUAAGAGAAGUUCGUGUCCUCCCUAAUAAGUUCACAACAGUCCAUUUUUACAAGCAUAUUAAAGAUGUCAUAUAAAGAAAAUAUAUUUUGAUUGUGUGACUUUGUGAUAACUUUUUGACUUGGUCUCUUUUCACUGGUCAUAUUUAUUUUGAUGAAUAUAUUUAUGUAUUUAUGCAGGAAGACUUGUCAGAUUCAAACAACACAGAACUAUAUUGAGUUAACUAAGUCGAUUUACAAUUUCUACUUCAUUAAAAAUUGUUACAUCCAGCCCCUUCGUCUGUUACGCUUAACCCUGCCUGUGGGGCAAGUUGUAACAUUUGCAGUCACUCUGCUUUCAGCUGAACUGUUUGUUAACAUUAUGUGCUGGAAGCAAAACAAUUGUAGCAGAGAUUUAUAGGUUGUUUGUAUAAAAUAAUUCAUAAUCAUUUAAAAUAAUUCUCAAAUAUUUGUAAAAUUAUUUAGCAAAACCAAAAUGCAUUCAACUGUGCCCUGCUGUCCCCUAUCAAAGUCACAAACUUCUGACAUCGUUCUGAAAAGCGUUCUCCUGCUGAAGCAGCCUAAACUGAUAAGAUAAGAAAAUCCUUGAUUAGUCCCACAACGGGAACUAGUAACGAGUCUCCAAAUGACCAUUCUCUGCACCACAUUAUCUGGUGUGCUUAGUUAGAGAAAUGACCGUCCACAAGGACAUUUUUAAAACACUUGAAACUUCACAUAUUUCAUGAAAGAUACAAAAUAUUCAUAGGCACUACAGAUUAAUAUUGGGUGCAUCAGCACUUAAGUGAAAUGAACUAAUCUGUAUGAGAAGUAAUUAAGUGGUUUCUUUCACAAUAGAUUUAAAAAGUGCAGAUAUUGCUGAAAUUGUUUAUGAGCUGGUGUUAACAAGACAAAAAAAAAGUCUUUCCGUCUGCAUUUCUGUUCACUACUUUCUAACUUAUUUAAUAUUAGCCUGUAUUCUUAAAGUUGGACUUCUAAGUAGGGGUGUAACGGUGCAUCGAGAUAUUGUGAUAUUGAAAUCCAAAAAUGUGAUAGUGUGUGUUGUGGAGAAUGGACAUGCUAUUGAUUGCAUUGUUUGAGUGCAAGUUUGUAAACAAACAUCAGUCAACAGCUCACUCCAGAAUGUGUUAGUAAGCUGUACACCGACAUUGAUAGUCAUCAUUUUUCUUCACUCAAAUUUUGUUUAGAAUGUUGUGAGUGUUAAAUCAUGAACCCUCUAUCGAGAGUCAAAUCGAAUAUUUACACCCCCGCUUUUAAGAUGUUGCUUUUAUUAAAGGACACAAUGCCUUACAUGACGUCAUUUUAAAGUAAAUGUAUUUUCUAAGAAUUGUAUCAUGGGAGCAUAAAAUUGUUAUACAUUUAUGGGAAACUACUUAUAUAACUGCUUUUUUAAACAUUUUAAUGUAUUAGUGCUGACUUCAUUCGCAAAAAUAAGUGUAGGUGGAAAAGCACGACUGUAGAACUGUAGAGUUUUGUAGCUUUUACAUUACUGUAUCUCGCAAAUAACUCAUUUGAGCAUUUGUAAUGUGUUGCUGUGAAGUUAAAGGUCUAAUAAGUAAGGAAAGUUAAAGUUCCUGAUGCAGAAUGCUCUUUGUUAGUGUUAUGAAUGGGAUGAUGCUUGAAUCUCUUGUAGUAGCUGUAAUUAAUCAUUGAUCACUUCACAAAUGUAUUACCAAAUGAAGAUGUAUUACUUAUUGGACCUUUUUUGUAUUAUUUUUGCUCUGAUUAAUGUUUUAAUGAUUGUAAGUACAGUGUUAGACAUUGUCCGCAGAUGUCCGUCAUAGAUUUUGUCACUUUAUGCAGCCUUUGUGAAAAAGAGCUUCCUGAUACUGUUGCUCAUUGCGUUCAUAACAAAUUAAACCCUGCUACACUACAUUCUCAAAUAUAGCAAGUUUUUAGGUCUUAAAGCCUUAAAACCUUUUAGGAUUUUUGCCAUUAAUCUUUUGGUUAUUAACAGCUCUUGCUCACAAAAGGUUUGUUCCAUCCCUUUACAUGUUGCUAGAUAACUUGAAAUACAGCAGGCUGCCUAAUUUAUUCUGACUAAGCCUUUACCACUGUAAUGGCAUGUUUGGCUUACUAGUGAUUGUGAUACAUUUAUACACGUGACUGUAGAUCCUUUGGUACCAAGUAGUGUGAUUUUGAUUCAUAUUUUUGUAGGUUCAUUGUGCCAGACUACAUUUGUUGUUGCAGUUCAAGUAAAUGGUUGUAACCCUGCACUUAGAUUUCAUUGAGUAUUGAUUAUUGAUGUUUCAGUAAUAUGAAUGAUGUAAUCUGGAUUUGGUCAUCAUACAACAUGAGAAUUUCUAUUGAAUUUAUAAUCACACAUGGCAUUUUCGUUCACGGUUCCAGUAAGCUGGUAUUUUCAUUGUUUGUUUUCCACAAUAAAAGUUCAGUACAUAUAAGCUUACAGAAAGAUGUGAAACACAGGUUGACACUGAUUCUGAAAUUGUGACUUUCGUGUAAUAUGAAGAAAAACUUAUUGUCAAAAAAAGCCGUCCUAA